AAACCAAACCCCAUUAAACCCUAAUUUUAUCUUUCUCUGAUUUUUCUUCAAACCGUUGGCUCUCCGUCUCAUUGGUCACACUCUCUCUGCUACAGCAGCCACCUUCUUCAACCUCUCUCUCAAUCCAUCUCCCAUCAAUGGACCCUAAAGAAGUCAAGUCUGAUUUGGUUUUGAUUCUCGACUUUGGUUCACAAUACACCCACCUCAUCACUCGUCGGAUUCGGAGCCUCUCUGUUUUUUCUCUUUGCAUUUCGGGUACUUCGUCGCUUAAAGCCAUCACUGAUCUCAACCCACAAGUUGUUAUUCUCUCUGGUGGCCCUCAUUCUGUCCAUGCUUGUGAUUCCCCGAGUUUCGCUUCUGGGUUUGUCGAGUGGGCGGAGGCGAAUGGGGUUUAUGUUUUGGGUAUUUGUUAUGGGCUUCAGUUGAUUGUGCAGAGGUUGGGAGGUGUGGUGGAGGUUGGGGAGAAGCAGGAGUAUGGGAGAAUGGAGAUUGAGGUGGAGAAGGCUAAUGGGUUGUAUGGGACUAAGAGGGUUGGAGACCGGCAAGUUGUUUGGAUGAGCCAUGGAGAUGAGGUGGCGAAACUUCCUCAGGGUUUUGAGGUGGUGGCAAGGAGUCAACAAGGGGCAGUCGCGGCUGUGGAAAAUCACUCCAAGAGGUUUUAUGGGUUGCAGUAUCAUCCGGAGGUGACACAUUCACCAGAAGGAAUGGAGACGUUGCGUUAUUUUCUCUUUGAUGUCUGCGGGAUUACUGCUAACUGGAAGAUGGAGAAUUUACUAGAUGAAGAAAUUAAUAUAAUCAAAGAAACUGUAGGUCCAGACGAUCAUGUCAUAUGUGCAUUAUCAGGAGGUGUGGAUUCAACAGUUGCUGCGACUCUUGUUCAUAAGGCAAUUGGGGAUAGGCUUCACUGUGUUUUUGUCGACAAUGGUCUAUUGAGGUAUAAAGAAAGAGAACGUGUUAUGGAAACCUUUGAGAGAGAUCUACAUCUGCCUGUUACUUGUGUUGAUGCAGUUGACCAAUUUCUUAGCAAGCUUAAAGGUGUCACAGAUCCUGAGGUUAAAAGAAAAAUAAUUGGAAAGGAAUUCAUUUCUAUUUUUGAUUCAUUUGGCCAUGACCUAGAACUUAAAAUUGGUAAGAAGCCUUCAUACUUGGUCCAAGGCACAUUGUAUCCUGAUGUAAUUGAAUCUUGCCCACCACCUGGAUCUGGAAAAACUCACUCCCACACAAUCAAAAGUCAUCAUAACGUUGGAGGACUUCCCAAGGACAUGAAACUGAAACUUAUUGAGCCACUUAAACUCCUCUUUAAGGAUGAGGUACGCCAACUUGGGAAAAUAUUGAAUGUUCCUAAUGCAUUUCUAAAGCGUCAUCCUUUUCCUGGGCCUGGCCUUGCUGUACGGGUGUUGGGCGAUGUAACAGAAGGCAAUGCAUUAGAAGUUCUUCGCCAGGUUGAUGAGAUUUUUAUUCAAUCAAUCAAGGAUGCUGGGCUUUAUGAUUCGAUAUGGCAGGCAUUUGCAGUGUUUUUACCUAUAAAAUCAGUUGGAGUUCAAGGUGAUCAAAGGACCCAUUCUCAUGUUGUUGCUUUGAGAGCUGUUACAAGUCAAGAUGGAAUGACUGCAGAUUGGUUUAAUUUUGAGCACCAGUUCCUGGAUAAUGUGUCGAGAAAAAUCUGCAAUAGUGUUCGAGGCGUAAACCGGGUUGUUCAAGACAUUACAUCGAAACCUCCAUCAACAAUUGAAUGGGAAUGAGAUCUCUGCUCCAAGUUUUGGUCUUGAUCAUGGAAACCUGAUCGUUUAAAUAAUUUAGUCUAUGCUUGGUUGUCUUGUGGUAAUGUAGCUGAAUUUUAUCGAAGUUAUUAUUUUAUAGAUUAAUAAAAUAGCAGGAUUUAGCCAUCGUAGAUCAAUCUUCUACCAAACUGUUCGAAGGAACACAGGGCAGAGUUGAGGUUGCAUAGCUUCAUUUGUUGAAGUAAUGAUCAAUCUGUGAGUACCAGCUCUUUGCCAUUGAAUUGUGAUGCUAGAAGUGUGUUUGGAUUGACUCAAUGUUUAAAAAAGUGUUUAUAACAAAAAAAAAAAAAGUACAAGAUUUAGAGAGUCCUUCCAAAUGUACCAUUAAUUUUAAUCAUAGUAUGAUUGUGGAAACAUAUACUUGAGAACACAUGUUCUCAUGUUCAUUUAUAAAGUUGUCAAUCUUAAAAUAA